AUGGACGGCCGCCUAGACGCUGACUUGUACCCUCUGGGAUCCGGCUACGUCCCUGAAAUUGACAGUGUCCAUGACAUAUCAGUUGGCACAAAGAGGGGAUCCGACGAACUCUUUUCUUCCUGCAUAUCCAACGGGCCCUAUAUCAUGAACUCAGCCAAUGGCAACGACACGAAAAAAUUCAAAGGUGACGUUCGCAGUCCUGGUGUUCCAUCACGUGUGGUCCACGUACGCAAACUGCCCAAUGACAUAAACGAAGCUGAGGUUAUUGGACUGGGGCUGCCCUUUGGGAAGGUCACCAAUCUGCUGAUGCUGAAAGGGAAAAACCAGGCGUUCUUGGAGCUCAACAGUGAGGAGUGUGCACAGACGAUGGUGAGCUACUACUCCUCUGUCACCCCUGUCAUCAGAAACCACCCCAUUUACAUGCAAUACUCAACCCACAAGGAGCUCAAGACAGACAACUCCCCCAACCAAGUGCGUGCCCAGGCAGCACUGCAGGCAGUCAAUGCACUGCAUGGAGGCGGGAUGGGAAGCAUGGCCAUUCCCGCAGACACAAGUGGCAUCGGAGGAGGAGGAGCCCAAAGCCCUGUCCUCAGAGUCAUAGUGGAGAACCUCUUCUACCCCGUCACCCUGGAUGUGCUACAUCAGAUUUUCUCAAAGUUUGGCACCGUGCUGAAGAUCAUCACUUUCACUAAGAACAACCAGUUCCAGGCUCUGAUCCAGUAUGCCGAUGGCAUGACCGCUCAGCACGCCAAACUGUCUCUGGAGGGACAGAACAUCUACAACGCCUGCUGUACCCUGAGAAUCAGCUUCUCCAAGCUCACCAGCCUCAAUGUCAAGUACAACAACGACAAGAGCAGAGAUUACACCCGACCAGACCUCCCCACCGCAGACUCACAGGCCUCCAUUGACCACCAGACCAUGGCAGCUGCUGCAUUUGCUGCACCAGGCAUAAUCUCAGCCUCUCCCUAUGGUGGAGCCCAUGCCUUCCCCCCAACUUUUGCCAUCCAACAGACAGGUCUGUCGGUGCCUGGCAUUCCCAGUGCCCUGGCGUCCCUGGGUGUGGGCCACGGUGGCAUGGCCGCUGCAGCAGCGGCCGCUAGCCGGCUCGGCCUGUCAGGGCUCGCUACCUCUGGGGGACACAAUGUCUUGUUGGUCAGCAAUCUGAACCCAGAGAGCGUUACGCCACACUGCCUCUUUAUUCUUUUCGGCGUGUAUGGCGACGUGAUGAGAGUGAAGAUCCUGUUCAAUAAAAAGGAGAACGCUCUGAUCCAGAUGUCUGAUGGCACACAGGCUCAGCUAGCUAUGAGCCACCUGAACGGGCAGCGUCUUCAUGGCAGGGACAUGCGCGUGGCGUUUUCCAAACACACCACAGUGCAGCUGCCCAGAGAAGGCCACGAGGACCAAGGCCUCACAAAGGACUACAGCAACUCACCGCUGCACCGCUUCAAGAAGCCCGGCUCCAAGAAUUACUCCAACAUCUUCCCGCCCUCCGCAACGCUCCACCUCUCCAACAUACCGCCGUCUGUGGUGGAGGAUGACCUCAGGAGGCUUUUUGCCAGCUCAGGAGCCACAGUCAAAGCCUUCAAAUUCUUUCAAAAGGACCGCAAGAUGGCCCUGAUCCAGAUGGGCUCAGUCGAGGAGGCGAUCGAGUCCCUCAUCGAGUUCCACAACCACGAUCUGGGAGAGAACCACCACCUUCGAGUGUCCUUCUCAAAGUCCACCAUCUGAGUGCCUUUCCUUCCUCCCUCCAACUCUACUGGCAUCCCAAUGCUCCUGUAGUCAAGGUUGCCUUUAGUGGAAAUGGCCAGCAUUACAUAUUUAUGGCUGUGGUUCUUUGUAGAACGUUGCGCCCUUCACCCACAUUCUUAAUUAUUCCCCCGUCGUUAAAAGGUCCGGGUAGAGGAUUUAGUCGGUCCUACUUGUUGAUUCUGGUUCUGAUUCCUGGUUUAGAUUUUUGUCAAACUUCUUUUUGAAUACAAGGGCCUUAAGUCCAAGGUGUUUUUAAAUCAAAAUGUUUUCGUCAUGCACAGUUGGCUACUGUUUUACACUUUUUGUAUUUGAGCUAGACCUGCUAACAGCUGAUUCUGGGGCAUUAUGACUUUAGCCUGCCUUCCCUGCGACGAUGUCGGCACAAGUGUGACGAGCAGUGUAAACCCAGUAGGCCCAAACAUAGCUCAGGAAUCAAUACGUGGAAUCAAUGCGUGCUUCUGAUCAAAUCCCUUGUUUUGAAAAAUUGGAACUGGUUCCAGUUCAGGACAUGUUCUCGGUACCCAAACUUUAAUUGUUCAUUUGUUCCAUCGUAAAAUAUUAAGUGGGGUCCAGAGACACGGGCAACUUUCUGCAAUGAAACCAGAUCUAUUGGAGGUAAAGUAGGGGCAGCUUGAACUGUCACUUUAGACCAAAUCGCUUAAAAAAAAGAAAAAGAAACAAGACAAAA